ACCUUCUCCAAUGGAGCCAACAUACAACACUAAUUAUUUUCAGAACCCAGUGCAGUUUGGGCCGGGGUACUACUCACAACAUUUAGGACAAAAUGGGGAAUGUAUGCCGUCCAUACGAUCGACAAUCCUGCAAUGUAAGGCCCUGGCGGACAUUUCUAAUCGAUUGUACCCAGCACAACACAAUCUUCCUGUACCCGCGCAGAGACAGAACACGUUUUACUUCACCCAGGAGCAGCUGGAUUACGUUCUGUUUGGUUUCUCCCACUCUGGGUGCAGGGGUACUCCUGUCCAUGCCCUGAGUGGGCUCAAAAUAGGGGAGAUAAGUCAUGGGAUAGAGAGAAUUCUGUCUCAUCAGAACGGAAUGUCACCCCACUGCUCCAUGAAUUCCUGGAAGUUGUCUCGCACCGAUCCUCCCCCGAACGAAUUGCCCGAGGAUCUUUGCAUUUGUCCUACAACAUUCGCUGGAAUAAUUCACUAUGGGGUCUUUUGUCGAAAGGAGUCUAUUCCAAAGGGUAAAAGGUUCGGUCCCUUUAAAGGAAAAGUCGUCAACACCAGCGAAAUUAAGACUUUUGAUGACAACAGUUUUAUGUGGGAGAUUUUCAAAAAUGGAAAACUGAGUCAUUUCAUCGACGGCCGUGGAGCAACAGGAAAUUGGAUGUCUUAUGUUAACUGCGCGAGGUAUUCCGGAGAACAGAAUCUGGUCGUCAUCCAGGAUGGAGAAUGUAUCUUCUAUGAAGUAUGCAAAGACAUCCCGAUGGGAGCUGAACUCCUGGUCUGGUACGGGGAAAUGUACACCCAGUUUAUGGGUAUACCCGUCACGCUUCAGAGGAUAGGAGAUUGCGGCAACAUUUCUCUGGAACCUGAAAAUGCGGAAGGAUAUCAGUGUGAGAGGUGUGGGAAGGUUUUCGCUUACAAAUACUACAGAGACAAGCAUCUGAAGUACACCAAGUGCGUCGACCAAGGAAACCGAAAGUUCCCAUGCCAUUUAUGUGCAAGGUCUUUUGAGAAAAGGGAUCGUCUUAGAAUUCAUAUCCUCCAUGUCCAUGAGAAACACCGUCCACAUAAGUGUGCCGUCUGUGGAAAAAGCUUCAGUCAGAGCUCCAGCCUAAAUAAACACAUGAGGGUACACAGUGGAGAACGGCCGUACAAGUGUGUUUAUUGUAGCAAGUCCUUCACGGCCUCCAGUAUUCUCCGUACUCACAUUCGACAACACUCGGGGGAGAGGCCCUUCAAGUGUAAAUUUUGUGGGAAGGCAUUUGCUUCACAUGCCGCACACGACAGCCACGUGAGACGAACCCACGUAAAAGAUAAGUCUUUCCACUGUAAAUAUUGCGGAACUGAGUUCAGCCAGCAACAAGAGCUAAAGAUACACUACAGAAGUCAUCAUAAUGGCGCAGAGCCCAGUAUGACGUCAUGGUCCGCUGUAGAAUCGUCUAUUCCCGUCCCCGCUAACUUUCCUAUUUAGAGACCUCCAGUCAAUUCCAUCUCGAGGCUGUGAACUAUAUUCUAUAAUUUAGAGAUGACCAUACAUAAAAAUAUAUUUCAUUUAAGCAUUGUUUCUUAUCAUUGCAAACACAUGUAC